AUGGAGAAUGUUCGAUUUGUAUACGAAAAACAUGGUGGAAGUGAAUAUUAUGGUGAACCUGUAACUCAGUAUCAACAUGCUAUACAAGCAGCAUAUUUGGCUGAACAAUACGAUCCAACUGAUCGUGAAUUAAUUAUUGCUGCAUUUCUUCAUGAUAUUGGUCAUUUAUUAAGUGAGAAAGAAGAAGAUCUUAUGGGUAAUUUAGGUGUUCUUAAUCAUGAACAGAUUGGAGCUAAAUAUCUUCAUGAUCAGAUUGGUUUAUCAGAACGUAUAUGUUAUCUUAUUGAAAAUCAUGUUAAUGCUAAACGAUAUUUAACUCAUAUUGAUAAAGAUUAUUAUGAUCGUCUUUCAGAUGCAUCAAAACAAACACUUGUUUAUCAAGGUGGACCAAUGAAUAAUGAUGAAGCCGAAAGAUUUCGUAUACAUCCUGAUUUUGAACUUUGUCUACGAAUGCGUACAUUUGAUGAAGCAGCAAAAGAUACAGAGUUUGAUAAAUAUGAACAAUUAACUAAUCACUAUUGGAAUCUUGUUCAAGAACAUAGUCAUAAAAUCUAA